UAUUGCCAUUGGCUACCAGGAAAAACUGAGGUGGGAGCAAGUCUUUUCAUUCUGUUUUCCUCAUCAUAUAAAAAUCACAAGGUAACUGGUGUAUGCUCUUCAUGCCAGGUUCCCCUGAAAGAUCAGUGUGCCAAUCUCUGCACAGGACAACCAGGAGAAUAAAAGAGUAUUUCUGAGAAAAUGGACAAAAUAGAAGACCUGAAAGUACAUGUGGAAAAAUAAAUGAAUCUUCAAGUAAACAGAAAAUGGAUUUUUUUUAACAGAAUGAUUUACUUUUAAUGAUUGAUUGUUGAUUUUAUAGCUGGAUUUGCAUACUCUGGGAAAGAUCAUCCUAUAAAAUUCUUUUUAUGCUGUUACUGAAUAGCAAGAUGAAUUUAACACAUCAUCAUCACCAUAAGCUGCAUUUAAUGCACUUUCGAAAUCACAGCCAUGGUUUGCAUGUUGGAGCCAAUGAGAGCCUGGAAAAGAGCCAUCACUCUGGAGGAUGCUAUGAGCAAUUGUUUGUGAUGCCGGAAGUUUUUGUAAUCCUGGGGAUUGUGAGUUUGCUGGAAAAUAUUCUGGUUGUAGUUGCAAUAUCACGAAACAAGAACCUUCAUUCCCCUAUGUAUUUCUUUAUCUGCAGCCUUGCAGUGGCUGAUAUGCUUGUGAGUGUAUCAAAUGGCUUUGAAACUGUUGUGAUCACUCUAUGGAAUCACACAGAUAGAAAUGCCCAACAUAUUAUUGAGAGCAUUGAUAAUAUCCUGGAUUCUAUCAUUUGCAGCUCCCUGCUUGCUUCUGUGUGCAGUCUGCUGUCUAUUGCAGUGGACCGAUACUUCACUAUUUUCUAUGCUCUUCAGUAUCACAACAUCAUUACAGUGAAGAGAACAGUCAUGAUCAUUACUUGUAUUUGGACAGCGUGUUCAAUCUCUGGUGUGUUGUUUAUUGUGUACUAUGACAGCAAUGUGGUCAUUAUUUGCCUUAUCAGUAUUAUGUUCACCAUGCUCGCUCUUAUGGUGUCCCUGUAUGUGCAUAUGUUUAUGCUUGCCAGGCUGCAUAUGAAGAGGAUUGCAGUUCUGCCAGGAACAAGCACAAUUAGACAAGGAGCAAACAUGAAAGGCGCUAUCACUCUGACUAUCUUACUGGGAGUUUUCGUAGUCUGCUGGGCUCCUUUUUUUCUACAUCUUAUUUUCUAUAUCUCUUGCCCCCAGAACCCCUAUUGUAUUUGUUUCAUGUCACAUUUCAAUGUUUAUCUUAUUCUUAUCAUGUGCAACUCUGUUAUUGAUCCACUGAUUUAUGCCCUGCGCAGUCAAGAGUUAAGAAAAACCUUCAAAGAAAUGAUAUGCUGCUAUUGUAUGGGGAAAUUGUGUGAGCUUGCAGGCCACUAUUAAAUGGGAACAGGUGGGUGUUAUUUAUAAAGAGCUUGAAACUUCAACUGUUAAAAGCUAAUAUGUAUUGUUA